AUUAUUGUACACAAUACUACAAUAGUUUGCAAUUGUUCUUAUAACAAUUUCUGGAGGUGCGCAAAGAUGACGGACCCACUGACUCUUCUCCGAGAAUACAAUGUUAACAAGAAGGAAAUCAUCGAGAGGGAUGAUCAGAUCAUCUUCGGCGAGUUUUCCUGGCCGAAAAAUGCCAAGACCAACUGCCAGAUCUGGGGGUUUGGCAAGGAUGGUAAGACAAAAGAACACUACACUUUGGAAAGCCUACUUUACAUACUCAAAAACAUUUCAUUGGCCCAUCCAGUUUAUGCAAGACAGGCAGCUGACGAGAAGAUGAUUGCUGUGAAGAGGCCAGAUAGGAAGAAGCUGUUGGCCUACUUGAAUGGUAAAAGUACAAGUUGCCCAGCCAUUGAUGAGAGUGCUCCAAUAGAAUUACCAACUCAAGUGAAAAGACCUGCAGCACACGAUGAACCUGAUACUACAACUAAGAAACCGCACUUUGACGAUUUCCACGUGCGUGAGCAAAUAGAAGACGCGGUUAAGGAAACUUCAGUCGCAAUUGAUAGCAUCAAGUCGUUGACGGAAGUAAUGUCUGUGGAGAAGAUAGCUGCUAUCAAAGCUAAGCGCCUGGCAAAGAAGAGGAUUAUCGGUACAGACCAAUAGUACUUCUAGUGCAUGCUCUUUAUCCUCAAGAACAUGACAUGAUAUAUUUGUGAGGUGGAAGCAUUGCCUUUGAGGAAUUACCCGCUCAGGACGAAUGCAAAUUAUGAUGGACCUGAUAAUAUUUUCUAAGAAAUCUCGCAUCGUAAAUUUUUACGAUCUGAAUUCUGGAAGCCCAGUAAUAUUUAUUUUGUUAGAA